GUGACCUCUGAUGCUCUAGUCUACAGCACAAGCUUAAAUUACAACCCGGUUCCUACUGGCAACCCUGUCGUCAUCCGCACCAGCCCUGCCGUGGUUCCUAUUGAGUGCCACUACCCAAGGAAGGACAACGUGAGCAGCAAUGGUGUCAAGCCCACGUGGACGCCUUUUCGCUCCACCCUGUCCUCCGAGGAGAAGCUGCCCUUCUCCUUGCGCCUCAUGAAUGAUGACUGGAGCGCCGAGAGAGCAUCCACCAUAUUUCAACUGGGUGAUGUCCUCCACUUCCAAGCUGGUGUCAACACAGAGAACCAUGCACCUCUGAGGCUCUUCGUGGACAGCUGUGUGGCCACCCCAACCCCAGACAGGAGCUCUUCUCCCCAGUAUGCUUUCAUUGACUUCAGUGGGUGCCUGGUGGAUGGGCAACUGGAUGACGUCACCUCGACUUUUAUAUCCCCAAGACCCAGGCAAGAUGUGCUUCAAUUUGCAGUAGACGCAUUCAAGUUUGCAGGAGACUCCAGCAAUCUGAUCUACAUCACCUGCCACCUGAAGGUCUCCCUGGCUGACCAAGCUCCAGACCCUCUGAACAAGGCUUGCUCCUUCAAUAAAGCCAGCAACCUCUGGGCGCCUGUGGAAGGCACCCGGGACAUCUGCUCCUGCUGCGAGAUGAGGAACUGUGACUUGACCAGACACUCCAGGAGGCUUCACGCUCCCUCCCGAUGGCAAGGAGGACGUGCCCGGAGAGAACUGCCCUCCCAGUCUGAUCCCUUGGUGAAAGAAGCAGAUGUUGUGGUUGGACCUCUCUUUGUCCACAGCUGGCAGAGUCAUCUAGUUAGGAGGAUGCCCUCGCAAGAUGCAGGUCAGUUGUGGAUGGUAUUGGGGCUGGCUGCAGUUGCUGGUUUGGUCAUCCUGAUCCUUGCUGUUCUAGGAGCUCUGACUGUCUGCCGGAAACCCAGCAACCCCGUUUAA